AUGACGCUUACCGCAACCAAGUUUACUCCCGAAGUCCUGCUCUCUGCCCCGCGCCGGUCUGCGGGGCGGCCGAACAGGACGGGAACGAAGGUGCUCUUCACCGUCUCCACCUACUCGUUCGAGCAGCACGAGCGGACGUCGCAGGUCCGGGUCCUCGACAUCGGGACGGGGCAGUCGACCCUCCUGUACGAGGGCCCCAAGUACAGCGAGCCGACGUGGCUCACCGAGGACGAAUUCGUCCUCCUCGAGGCCGCCGAGAAAGGCGACGGCGGCGGCGGCACCUCCCUCUUGCUCGUGCGCGCCUCGCAGCCGGGCUCGCGGCCCGCCGUCAUCGCCCGGUUCCCCGGCGCCGUGUCCAACCUCAAGGUCAGGGCCCUGCUGCCGGACGACGACGGCGGCGAGGGGGGCUUCGCCCUCGCGUGCUCGGCCCCGGCCACCCGCGACGGCGACAUGGCGCGGCCGGGCGGCGACAAGAAGCGGGGGUCGACGCCGCACUCGUCGGCCCGCGUGCACGACAGCCUCUUUGUGCGGCACUGGGACUCGUGGGUCGGCGACACCGCCGACGCGAUCUGGUACGGCUGCCUGCGGCGGAGGCGGGGAGAAGGAGAGGACGGCGCCGGAUACGCGCUACUCCCGCAGACGGGCCUGGUCAACGCCCUGGCCGGGACCGGCCUGUCCUCGCCGGUGCCGCCGUUCGGCGGGACGGGUGACUUCGACGUCGGCCCGCGGGGCAUCGUCUUCGUGGCCAAGGACCCGCGCCUGUGCCCGGCCAGCCACACAAAGACGGACCUGUACUUCCUGCCGGUGGCGAGCUUCGCUGACAGUGGGAAGGCCGCCGGCGCCGCCUCGCCGAGGGCAGUCGGCACGGGCGACCUCCGCGGGUACUGCGCCUCGCCGGCGUUCUCGCGCCGCGGCGAUAGGGUGGCGUUCACGCGCAUGCGCGGAGACCAGUACGAGUCGGACAAGCCGCGGCUGCUGGUUGUCGACGACAUCGGAGGCGAGGGCGAGGAGGGCGAGGCGCGAGAGUUCUACGAGACGGAGGACGGGAAGGGCGGGUGGGACGCGCGGCCGGAGGAGGUCGUCUGGGGCGCUGGCGAUGCGGAGCUGUUCGUCACGGCGGAGGAGCACGGUCGCUCGAAGGUGUGGAAGCUGGACGCGGAGCCGCGCGCAGGGAGCGAGGGUUUGCCGGUGGCGCUGACGAGCGAGGGGAGUGUCUCCUCUUUUGGCCUGCUGGCCGAGGGCUCCGACAAGCUGUUCAUCACGAGCUCGUCGUUGGUGGACAACAGCUGCUACGGCAUCCUCGACCCGGCGUCGGGGGUGUUGGAGACGGUGUCGUCGAGCUCCAGGCACGGCAAGACGUUUGGUCUGUCCAAGACGACGCAGUUCGACGAUUUCUGGUUCAGGGGCGCGGGGGACUACGACGUGCACGCGCUGGUCUUGAAGCCGUCAGACUUUGACAAGUCCAAGAAGUACCCGCUCGCGCUGCUCAUCCACGGCGGGCCGCAGGGCGCGUGGGGGGACUCGUGGAGCACUAGGUGGAACCCGGCCGUGUUCGCCGAGCAGGGCUACGUUGUCGUCAGCCCGAACCCGACCGGGAGCACCGGCUACGGCAUGGCGCUGCAGGACGGGAUCAAGGGCCAAUGGGGCGGCAGGCCGUACGAAGACCUCGUGAACUGCUUCGACCACAUCGCGGACAAUAUGCCCUACGUCGACACCAGCAAUGCGGUAGCUUUGGGGGCUAGCUACGGAGGUUACAUGAUCAACUGGAUCCAGGGGCACCCUCUAGGGCGCAAAUUCAAGGCUCUCGUGUGCCACGACGGCGUGUUCACGACGAUGAACAUGUGGUGUACGGAGGAGCUCUUCUUCCCCAUCCACGAUUUUGAGGGCACCAUCUGGGAAAACCGCGAGGGCUAUGAGAAGUGGGAUCCCGCGAGGUUUGCGGGCGAGUGGGCGACUCCGGAACUGAUCAUCCACAGUGACCUGGACUACCGCCUGCCCGUCACAGAGGGCCUCGCGGCGUUCAACGUCCUGCAGUCAAGGAGUGUCCCGAGCCGGUUGUUGACGUUCCCUGACGAAAACCAUUGGGUCCUACACCCGGAGAACUCCCUGGUCUGGCAUCGCGAGGUGCUGGCGUGGAUCAACAAGUACACUGGGAUCGACAAGUCGGACGCAGAAGACAAAACCCCUGGCAGGGCGUUGGAGAUCAGGAAUUAGGCUUGGAUCAGGAUCACGGGAUUACAGCGGCACUAGGCACACAGCGGUUAGGCUUGUGGGAACCCUCGUUGCGAAGGCGUCGUUUCGAGAAUGAGACCAAGCGUGGUCGUACUUGGCCUUGGAACAUAAAAUUUUGAAAUGACUGUCAAUUUCAUACUCGAUCUAAUGAACCCGGUCGAGAGAUACCCUCUCUCCCUUUAAAGACCCAGGGG